AUGGACGAAAUUAUCCGAAGCGUCAGUGAAAUAGACGGAUAUAGAAGGGAAAACCACACGCUGAGGAUAUUGUGCUACGCGGACGACGCCGCACUCUUGGCAGAAACGGAGAAUGACCUACAGCGAUUCCUAUAUAAAUUUAAGACGACAGCAGAGAAAUUCAACAUGAUCAUGUUAAUUGGAAAAACCGCGAUGGUCAUGAAGUUCAACUACCUAAGAAUAGAAACGGCAAGUGACAGGAAUAUUACUGAAGAAGUGCGAACACAAGCUAUUAAAGCAGCAAGGAUAUCCGGCUACCUCAGGGACAUUAUAUGGCGAAACCAGCAUAUAAGCGCGCGAAGCAAGAUUAGAAUCUAUAAGACCUGUGUAAGACCGAUCCUCACUUAUAUAGCUGAAACAAGAGCAGAAACAUCAAAAACCAAAAGAAUAAUGAGAGCAACAAAGAUUAAAAUACUGAGGACCAUCAAAGUGUAA